GCGAAAACCCAUUCCAGCCUCUCUUCGGCAAUUGCAAUGUCAGCGCUGAAGGACUUACGAACAUGGCCGAACAGCUGGUCCUGGCAUCCGUCGGAACAGCCAUCGUGGUCCUUGUGGUUGCAAACCUGCUACAUCGCUGCAAGAUCACCUUCAUCCCGGAGUCGCUGAUCGCGGUGGCACUGGGAGGCGUGCUGAGCAUCGGCCUCUACAAGAGUGAAUGGGGCGGUCAGAGAAACUAUCUCAGCCAGCCAGUGGAAUAUGCCCUCUUCAGCUUGUCUCUGAAGCUUUACUGCUUGCCAAUUAUCAUCUUCGAGGCGGGAUGGUCGCUGCGACAGCGCGAUUUCUUCUCCCAGAUCGGAUACAUUUUACUGCUAGCCAUCGUUGGCACCAGCAUAUCUGUGGUAGUGGUGGGAAAACUCAUGCUGGCCACGUCACAGUACCACGGGAUCACCGAUCAGAGAACUGCGUUUGCCUUCGCAUCGCUGAUCUCAUCGACAGACCCGGUAGCUACCCUUUCCACGUUCGGCACUAUGAAUGUGGACCCCUUGCUGUUCAUCCUGGUCUUUGGAGAAUCCCAAAUCAACGAUGCUGUGGCCAUCACGCUCUUUGAGGCCAUCAACGCCGGUGAUGGCUCCACCAGCUUCGGUGAGCUUUGCUUGCAUGUGUUCGUCCUUUUCUUUGGUUCCCUGGGCCUGGGUAUCGCAUUUGCCGGCGUGUCGAUCAUGAUCAUGCGAGCGACCCGGUUGGGCCAUUCCGCUGCGGACGCCAUCCUUUUUCUGCUCUUCACUCCUUUUGCCAUGUACGCCUUGGCCGAGCAAUGCAAGAUGUCUGGCAUCAUCACAGUGCUUUUCGGUUCCAUCGUCUUUGGCGCCUAUGCGCCUCCGCAUCUGACACAGGAGGCAACCACGUUCGCGUCCUUCUUGCUGAAGCAAGCUGCCUCGGUAGGGGACUUGAUCGUCUUCCUGAAUUGCGGACUCCAGGUGGUCCAUGUCAGUCAGAGGGGGUUGGUUAUGGGCUGCUGGGUCAUGCUGAUCUGCCUGGUUGCACGCGCGGCGGCGGUCUUCCCCAUGUCCUGGAUCUGCAACUCAAUCAAGUGGUGCGUCAGCCAGCGUAUCGAGACGGAAAGACGCCACUUCAUCACCUGGAAGCAUCAGGUGAUGCUUUGGCAUUCGGGGCUGAGAGGUGGCAUCGGGUUAGUGCUGGCACUGGAGCUGGGUGAGUAUGUCGACCGGUCGCACCCGGGUGCAAAGCAUGAACUGGUGGAUGCUACCUUCGUCAUGAUUUGCGUCUAUCUGCUCGUUUUUGGCGGUUCUACAGGAUUCGUGCUGCAACUCGUGGGACUUCCUUGGGGCACGCAAGUUCCGGAGGACGCCAGCCUGUACGGUGCAUCCGACCAAGCCGGGAUGUUCUACCACUUGGGCAACAAGUUCCGAGCGAUCAUCCUCAAACCUCUUCUGGUGGGAAAGCAUCCGCACUGCGAGUCCGGCCUCGCGACGCACAACGUGGCGACGGAGGUCAUUCGAAAUGCCGUAGAACGAGAGAGCAGCACCUACUUCGGAGAUCGAAAGCGAAGCUCCAUGAUGGGCCUCGCACCCUCUGCUGUAGAGCGAUUUCAUUCCAUCUCGAUGUUCGGUUCGGUGGAUCCGGCGCAUGUGGAGGAGGUCGAGGAUGCGAUGUGCGAUUCCGCAAGUUCAAGCGAGGUUGACGCAGGCGCUGCGGCGAGCCAGCGCCGUCUCUCCGAGCUAUGCAGCCUGGGCGAGGACACCGAAGAGGACGACAGUGAUUCCUGUGAGGGAGAUGCCAAGGCCUGA